UUAUGUCAGUCUUUCUAAGGGAGAUCCUUCGGCUUUUCUUCCCAUCGUGAGCUUCACCCUCACAUCGUUGUCUCCGCCUCUUACUGAGCAUCUAAUGGCGGCUGGAUUCGAGCUCACGGGCAAAACUGACCUCCGCUUCACAGACACACUUUAUAAGGUUCUGCGGGACAUCUUCCAGUAUAAGCCCAUAUUGACGAAACAGCAGUUCCUCCAGUUCGGUUUCUCUCAAAGGAAAAUCUCCAUCACCUGCGACGUCAUUAACUUGGUCAUGCAGAAACAUAACCGACUGAAGAAGGUGCCUGGAAAACCAUUUGUCGUGAAACACAAAGAAAGUUGUGCGACCUUUGCCACAGACUCUUGCCACACACUGACGUCUCCGUCUCUCAGUGACGACGACCUCUCCCCGCCCUCUCCUGAAAAUGGGGCGUCGUCAAAGUCGUCAGAAUGGCGAGACGAGCAGUUGUCUGAGGUGAAGGAGAGACUCUCGGCAGUUGAAGCUCAGCUGGAGGAUCUUCAAUCCGGACCGGAUCGACUCCGGAUCCUGGAGAAACGCCUGCAGGACCUGGAAGAGCAGAGACGGCGGCACACGGACGAGGACGAAGGAGGCGGCGACGUCGUCACCGUUUCCAGACAGAGCUGGGAAAAUCUGACGAGCAGAGUUCUCUUACUGGAGACUAAACUGGAAUUAAGCAGCACACGGGUAAACGCUGCACCGUCGUGUUCGUUGUGCGGCUGCGGCGCCGUCAGCUCCUCACCUCAGCCUUCAGCGGUGCCACAGAACCAAGAACCCGACUCGCCUCACUCGUCACCGUCGGACGACCUCAGGGAACGACUCGAGAGCAUCACCAACAUGUUGAAGAGCACGUCCAGUCUGUUGAAAAACACUGAAUCCUCCUCUUCCUCCUCCUCCUUCCUUCAAAUGAACGACGAAUGAUUUCCUGGACUUUCUGACAAAGUGAGAAACUUAAUUUAAUUUAAUCCAAGAGUAAAGAUCAACACAUUCUGCUUUUUUGUUCACAAUAAAAUGUUUUAGCCUCACAA